GCUGACCAAAGUACUCAAAAACGCCGGUCUUCAGAAAGAGAACAGUUAGCUUUUAUUAAGGCACAUAUAUAACUGCAGGAAGAGUACCAUGUCGGAACCAAGUGCCAGUAAUUGCCAAGAAGCUAUUGCGCGAUUGCGGGAGUUUGGAUAUGCAUUCAAUGAAGCUGGACAACUGCGCAAAAUAGACAAAACCAGCGGAGAGCCCGGCGAGGAGCCCUACGAGUUUAAGGUAACUGACAAUCAGGCUAAGAAUCAGGAGCACUACGAGCAGCUGGCCAAUCAGAUACCAGAAAUUAUAUACGAACUGCUGGAAAAGAACGGAUUAAAGAGGACUUAUAUACCCAAAGGCGUGCCCAUUGAGCAUUCUACAUUCGUUUUCUCACAGCCGCAGCCGCUGUCCCAGUCAAAGAAGCUGCUUGUGCUCAUACAUGGCAGUGGGUAUGUGCUAGCCGGGCAAUGGGCAAGAAGAUUGAUUAUAAACAAUUCCCUGGAUCACGGCACACAGCUGCCUUAUAUACAGCGAGCCCAGAAACUAGGCUAUGAUAUACUCGUCACCAAUACGAAUGACACCACACGAAUGAUAAAGGGCAAGCGUACGCCGAUUAAAGGCUUGGACAAUUCCAUGAAUCAUGCCGCUUACGUAUGGGAACAUAUUAUCAUGCCCUCCCAGCCCGAAAGUGUGGCUAUUGUGGCGCAUAGUUUUGGCGGGUCUGUGAGCAGAGCUUUGACGGAGAAAUUUACGCAAUUCUUUAAAGAAAAAGUAUAUGCCAUUGCUCUGACUGAUGGCACAGUGGGUCAUCCGCCGGCCGGUUGUCAAAAAUACUUUCUCGAUGUUACCUGCAAUUGGGUGUCAAGUAACGAGCCGCUCGAUACGGAUUUAACACAAGGCGAUGCAGCCGAGAAUAUCACUUGUGUAUCUGCUGGACAUCCGGAGCACGAAUGGACCUCCUAUUCAGCCAUCGAGUCUGUCUUUAAGUUCUUGGAAAAAAAGUACGAGCAGCAUAUGAAGGCCAAGCAGGCCGUCUAGUAGCAACUUGUUACUCAUUUCAUCAACUUUUCAAAUUCUGUGCAUCAUAUCAUCUUCUCUAUGACACUUAUCCCUUUACUCUAAGGACCCACACAAACUAUCGAUUUGCAAUGCAUAAAUCAAAUGGUCCAGCAGCAUCCCAAACAUGACAAACUCCUCCCUCAUAACAACCACUUGGAUAUAUGUCACCAACAUUCACGUCAGAGCAAUUUAAUUUGAUUUUCGGGCACUUUGGCACAUUCCAUGUGAGUUAAUCAACUUGAUGGCUGAUGUAUCGUCCACGAUAAAACAAAAAGUGUCUCAUAUGUCCAGUCAACAAGCAGCUAAAAAAGCGACCCACAUGUCCCCACGGUCAAGACCUUAAGUUGCCUGCUCGAUAAGAAAAGCAUUUGACUGUUGGGGUUGCUGGAAACCCCAGCUUGUGUUUGGCUACGGCGCCGAGAAAUUCACAUCCAUACAAACCACAUCGUUUAACAAAGUGCGUCAUAAAAAAGUGUCCCAAGUGAAUUUGAUUGUGCUUCAAAAUUGCAAUUCGCAUUUUAUAUG